CGCAUUCUCGUAUUUAAAUUUCUUUCGUGACGAGUUCUCUUCAAGUACUAAAGGAUUUUUCGAGUGUUACGUGCCGAAUUACUUCGGAAUUAUAACUUGAUUAAAGUUUUGAGUUUAUAUCGAUAAAAAGAAAAAACAAUCGAAUAAUUAAAUAUGCUUAAAGCACCGAAAUUCAUAGCGCAAUGCGUUGCUCAACGCCAAUUGGCAUUUGCUGCCGGAAACAAAUCCCAGCUUUCUAGUAUUUUCCAAAAUCGACUAACUGGUUGGAACAAUGGACUUUCCUCACAGAUCCGGCACAAGUCUGGUGAAGUCAAAGGGGCAGUUAUUGGUAUUGAUUUGGGAACAACAAACUCCUGUGUGGCCGUCAUGGAAGGAAAGCAAGCCAAAGUUAUCGAGAACUUGGAAGGUGCAAGAACCACACCCUCUCACGUUGCUUUCACAAAAGACGGAGAACGUUUGGUAGGCAUGCCAGCUAAACGUCAAGCCGUAACAAAUUCUGCAAACACAUUCUAUGCUACAAAACGUUUGAUUGGCAGGCGUUUCGAUGAUCCCGAAAUCAAGAAAGAUUUAAAGAACUUGUCAUACAAGGUCGUAAAAGCCUCAAAUGGUGAUGCUUGGGUGCAGAGUUCUGAUGGCAAAGUGUAUUCACCUUCGCAAAUCGGAGCUUUUGUUCUUGUGAAAAUGAAGGAAACAGCUGAAGCAUACUUAAACACAACUGUGAAAAACGCAGUUGUUACAGUGCCAGCUUAUUUCAACGAUUCCCAACGUCAAGCCACUAAAGAUGCUGGACAAAUUUCAGGUUUGAAUGUUCUGCGAGUAAUUAACGAACCAACUGCUGCGGCAUUAGCCUACGGCAUGGACAAAACUGAAGACAAAAUCAUCGCUGUAUACGAUUUGGGUGGUGGAACUUUUGAUAUUUCCAUUUUGGAGAUUCAAAAAGGGGUUUUCGAAGUUAAGUCAACCAAUGGUGACACCCUCCUUGGUGGUGAAGAUUUCGAUAAUAUCAUCGUCAACUUUUUGGUAGAUGAAUUUAAAAAAGACACCGGCAUUGAUAUUACUAAGGACUCUAUUGCAAUGCAACGUCUUAAAGAAGCUGCUGAAAAGGCUAAGAUCGAACUGUCAUCAUCCCAACAAACAGAUAUCAAUUUGCCAUACCUUACAAUGGACAAGGCCGGACCUCAGCACAUGAAUUUGAAAAUGAGUCGUUCAAAGUUGGAAUCGCUUGUUGGAGAUCUCAUUAAGAGGACCAUCCAGCCAUGUCAGAAGGCUUUAUCCGACGCUGAAGUAUCUAAAUCGGAAAUUGGCGAAGUUUUGCUUGUAGGUGGUAUGACAAGAAUGCCAAAAGUACAAGCAACAGUUCAAGAUAUAUUUGGACGUCUGCCAUCACGUGCUGUUAACCCCGAUGAAGCUGUUGCAGUUGGUGCCGCAGUUCAAGGUGGUGUUUUAGCGGGAGAUGUCACAGAUGUACUUUUAUUGGAUGUUACUCCCCUGUCUCUUGGUAUUGAGACAUUAGGUGGCGUCUUCACUAGAUUGAUUACAAGGAACACAACAAUCCCAACCAAAAAAUCACAAGUCUUCUCAACUGCUGCCGAUGGACAAACCCAAGUCGAAAUCAAAGUCCAUCAGGGAGAACGUGAAUUGGCAUCAGACAACAAACUCUUGGGAGCCUUUACUUUAGUUGGUAUUCCUCCAGCCCCACGUGGAGUUCCUCAGAUCGAAGUGGUGUUUGACAUUGAUGCGAACGGUAUUGUUCAUGUGUCUGCCAGAGACAAGGGAACAGGAAAGGAGCAACAAAUUGUAAUUCAAUCAAGCGGUGGUCUCAGUAAGGACGAAAUCGAAAAUAUGAUCAAGAAGGCGGAAGAGUAUUCAGCUGCAGACAAACAGAAGAGGGAAAUGAUUGAACUAGUGAAUCAAGGUGAAAGUAUUGUUCACGACACCGAAACAAAGAUGGAAGAGUUCAAGAGUCAAUUACCUGCCGAAGAGUGUGAGAAACUGAAAAAGGAAAUUGCUGAUCUGAGAACGCUGUUGGCCAACAAAGAUUCAGCGGUUCCAGAAGAAGUUAGAAAAGCCACAAGUCAACUACAGCAAUCAUCUUUGAAACUCUUCGAAAUGGCAUACAAAAAGAUGGCCGCUGAACGAGAAGCCAGCUCAGGAAGCAGCAGCAGCAGCAGCAGUGGAGAGGAGAAGCCAUCCGAAGAACAAAAGAAGGAAGAAAAGAACUAAUUGUUAUUUCUGUAGAAUGAGGGGCUAGUUUCCAUUAUGUUUGCCCUACAAUUAGUCCUUACAGUUUUGAUUAAUCCACAGUUCAAUUGAUGAAAUAUACUCCGUGUCUCCCAUAUGUAAAUUAUUAAGUUUUCAGGUCGCAUAAAUUUAUUGUUGUAAAGGUUCAAUCGAAGGCCGCGUUUGUUGUAUCUGAUUCGAACGUCUGGAAAUGCACAUUUUCUAUUGUAUGUGCUAAGGCCUUCAGUUGAGCUUCUUUCAUUGAAUUAAAAUUUGUGAGCUUAUUACGGUUGUAUUUCUCAAGACUGUGGCUUCAUCAUACACCUUUCGACUUUGUUUUUUUUUACAAAGAAAACAUAGAAUAGUAUAUUUAGUUUAACUAAAUAAUUUUAAUUUUUAUUUUUUAAGAGUGAUUAUUCGUUACACAAAAUAUGAGUUGGUAUGCUAAUGCAGUUGAAUAAUUAAAAACUGUGUUAAAAUAAGUUGAAAA